AUGAUGGGCCAACAUAACUCUGUUGUUUCUCGACUGCGCGAGUCAUGUCCAGGCAUUUUUCUAAUGAAAUGUGUAUGCCAUUCGGCCCACUUAUGUGCAAGCGAAGCAUGUAAACAAUUGCCUCGUGCCUUAGAGGAUAUGGCAAGAAAUAUUUUUAAUUUUCUAAAGAGUAGUUCAAAGAGGCAAGCAGAACUUAAACAAUUCCAGAUGUUUUUGAAUCUUAAGCCCCACAAAAUGUUACAUCCUUCACAAACGCGUUGGUUAUCUCUAAUUGCAGUAGUCAGUAGAAUAUUAGAACAAUGGGAUAGUCUGAAACUAUAUUUUACUGACACUUACUUAAGUCAACGUUUGAUUUCAACUGAGACGAUAUACUAUGGAUUAAAUGAUCCAUUCAUGAAGCUUGGGUUUUUGUUUUUAAAUUGGAGCUUGCCGUUAUUUACAAGGUUUAAUAUGUAUUUCCAAACAGAGCAAGUAGUCAUAUUAGAAUUGCAUGAUAAAAUUAUUAAUCUGUCAAAAGAAAUUUUACUAUGCUUUCUUAAAAGAAGUUAUGUAUUACAAACGCCAUUGGACAAUAUAAAUCCUAACAAUGGUGAGUUUCAACUUAUAGAUUCUGGGUUAUACCUUGGGGUGGGCGUUAUGGAUUUGGUCAAUGAUCCAAAAGUUUUAGCUGAUAAUGUUAGACGGAAGGAUUUUUUUAAAAGGUGUAGAGAUUUUUUUAUUGUUGCUGCCAUGGAAAUAAAAAAGCGUUACAAUAUGUCUGAUCCAGUACUAUCAAAAUUACACAUGCUUAAACCAGAGAAUGCAAUAUCUCAUGCUUUCAGGGAAACUUCUCCUACUCUGUUAAACCUAAUUAAAGUUUUACCAAGGGUUGUGACUGAACCACAGAUGAUUCAGAUAAUUGACGAUGGUUGGAGAUGUCUACCUAUUUUAGUUUCAACUUUAGACUAUGAUAUCAUAGUAAAAUCAACUGACCCGAAAACUAAAGUAGUACCAGCUGAUUUGUUCUGGACUACAAUAAAAAAAUUAUUUUCAGAGUGUGAAAUAUUGGCAAAUUAUGCCUUGAUUAUUUUAAGUUUACCACACUCAAAUGCAAACUGUGAGAGAGUAUUUUCCUCAGUUAACUGCCUCAAAACUAAGCUGCGUAGUAGGCUCAAUACAACUACAAUAAAUGGGGUCCUACAUGCGAAACAAAAUAUUAAGAGUAGUGGUAGUAAUAAUUGUGUCAAAUUUACACCAACAGACGAUAUGCUGAGCAGGAUGACAAAAAAAUUAUUAUACAUUAGUGAUAGUCAUCACGAUUUAAAGGACUACCCUACAGCUGCAGCAGCUGCUGUUGAACUUGUUGAAGAAGGGGACUUAGCAAUGUUCAAUGCGUAG